GCCGAAGUAUACUUCUACUUCAAUAUGAUCAUUCACGAUCGGCGCAAGACACUCGCGCUGGUUUCCGAAUACAGCCAACCACACUCAGAUCUCCUCGAGAAAUCUUUUCAAACGGUCUAUGCGUGUACCCAUCGUGCAGAUGCCUCAUUGAGAUUGGUCGAGGUUACUACUAUUCAAUCAGUAGUUGCAAUGGUCCCCCACCAAUUUCCGGGU